CCCUGGCGUCUUGCCCUGCGAGUGCCCUAGACAGCUACAGGCCCACACUGGGAACGCACGUGAACAAAGCUCUCGCCCCCGGAGCCGCCUGCGGUUUCCUAGUGGAUUCCAGCUUCUCCGGGGAGUGUGGGGCGCACAUAGGGUUAAGUUAGUUCCCUCCCUGAUAGGAGGGGGAGGAGGGGGAGGGGAAAGAGAACAUACUGUCUCAGACUGGGUACCUUGUAGUUAGUUGUAUGUUGGAAACCUGUCGCCUUCGCUUGCGCGUUCGGUAUCAUCCAUCGUCACCGCGGAGCAAGGUGCGCUUGGAGAUAACAUCGGUGCCUGCAAUCUCUAUCUCCGCUCCGAGGCACUGACUUGGCCCGGCUCGGGGUGCACCUCCCUUACCAGCAGCAAGCGUCCAGCAGCGGCGAGGCGGCAUCUCCGCCUGGUCCACCAAGCCCGGGGACCAGGGUGGCAGUUCUCAACGAUGGGCAGGAGGGACCUUGGCGGCGACCCCUAAAACAAUACCAUGCCCCGGGAGCCCCACUGCUGCCGAGCCAGCUUCUUCCCUUUUCACCUCCCCGACCCUGUCGGAUUCGGAUGAGCCCAUUGCGAGGAGACGCGGCCGCCAGUUGUUUGGAUUUCUCCCAAAGUAUUUGUGGCUGAAAUUCCUUUUGGACUCUGAGCUGCCUUUUUCGCAUAAGCUUUGGACUGGAAUCAAUAGAAUGUCAAGAUGCCAGGCACAUUCUGCCUAAUAGCAGAUUGAAGCUUGUGAUUAACCAGGAAAUCCAUAGCCUGACCCCCAACAGAAGACGGGAGUUCUGUCCACUUGAUUUGGGCGAGUGUUGUUCCUGCUUAUAGCUUGCCAUCGCCUGCUGCCUGUGUGGAAAAUUCUCCCCACUGAAUUUGUUUGCACAUGGAGCACAGCAACAAAGAGGGCAACACAGGCUGAAGAGAGCAGAGACAUCGGGAAGGUUAUUUUAACAUCUGCCCUCAGGACAUUCUCUCUCGCUGGAGUUCUGGACUUUGGCAGAACCCUGCCCAUUCUGAUUUUACUGCCUGGUUUUUAUUUUUUCUUCUCCCUGCCACAUUGUAUUUCAUUUCUGUAUUUCAGAAAUGGGCCUACAGACCACAAAGUGGCCCGGCCAUAGGGCUUUUUUCCUGAAAUCUUGGCUUCUAAUUUCCCUGGGGCUCUAUUCACAAAUGUCAAAACUCCUGGCCUGCCCUAGCGUGUGCCGCUGUGACAGGAACUUUGUCUACUGUAACGAGCGAAGCUUGACCUCAGUGCCUCUUGGGAUCCCGGAGGGCGUAACCGUACUCUACCUCCACAACAACCAAAUUAAUAAUGCUGGAUUUCCUGCAGAGCUGCACAGCAUCCAGUCCGUGCACACGGUCUACCUUUACGGCAACCAACUGGAUGAAUUCCCCAUGAACCUUCCCAAGAAUGUCCGAGUCCUCCAUCUGCAGGAAAACAACAUUCAGACCAUUUCUCGAGCUGCUCUUGCUCAGCUCCUGAAGCUCGAAGAGCUACACCUGGAUGACAACUCUAUCUCCACAGUGGGGGUGGAAGACGGGGCCUUCCGGGAAGCUAUAAGUCUCAAAUUGUUAUUUCUGUCCAAGAACCAUCUGAGCAGUGUGCCUGUCGGGCUUCCUGUGGACCUACAGGAACUCAGAGUGGACGAGAACCGAAUUGCUGUCAUAUCAGACAUGGCCUUUCAAAACCUCACGAGCUUGGAGCGUCUGAUUGUGGAUGGGAACCUCCUGACCAACAAGGGCAUUGCUGAAGGAACCUUCAGCCAUCUCACCAAGCUCAAGGAGUUUUCAAUAGUCCGCAACUCGCUCUCCCACCCCCCUCCUGAUCUCCCAGGUACGCAUCUGCUCCGGCUCUAUUUGCAGGACAACCAGAUAAACCACAUCCCUUUGACGGCCUUCUCCAACCUCCGGAAGCUGGAACGGCUGGAUAUAUCCAACAACCAGCUGCGAAUGUUGACCCAGGGGGUCUUCGAUAAUCUCUCCAACCUGAAGCAGCUCACUGCUCGGAAUAACCCUUGGUUUUGUGACUGCAGUAUUAAAUGGGUCACGGAAUGGCUCAAGUACAUCCCUUCAUCUCUCAACGUGCGGGGUUUCAUGUGCCAAGGUCCUGAACAAGUCAGGGGGAUGGCUGUUAGGGAGCUGAAUAUGAAUCUUCUGUCAUGUCCCACCACAACCCCGGGCCUGCCUCUUUUCACCCCAGCCCCAAGUACAGUUUCCCCUGUGACUCAGUCUCCCACCCUCUCUAUUCCAACCCCGAGCAGAGGCUACACGCCCCCAGCUCCUACCACAUCCAAACUCCCCACCAUUCCGGACUGGGAUGGCAGAGAAAGAGUGACUCCCCCCAUUUCUGAGCGGAUCCAACUCUCCAUCCACUUCGUGAAUGAUACUUCCAUUCAAGUCAGCUGGCUCUCUCUCUUUAGUGUGAUGGCGUACAAACUCACGUGGGUGAAAAUGGGCCACAGUCUGGUAGGGGGCAUCGUGCAGGAACGCAUUGUCAGUGGGGAGAAGCAGCACCUGAGCCUGGUUAACUUAGAGCCCAAAUCCACCUAUCGGAUUUGUUUAGUGCCACUGGAUGCUUUUAACUACCGUGCCAUGGAAGACACCAUCUGUUCUGAGGCCACCACCCACGCCUCCUAUUUGAACAAUGGCAGCAACACUGCUUCUAGCCAUGAGCAGACGACAUCCCACAGCAUGGGUUCCCCUUUUCUGCUGGCGGGCUUGAUUGGGGGUGCAGUGAUAUUUGUGCUCGUGGUCUUGCUCAGCAUCUUUUGCUGGCACAUGCACAAAAAGGGGCGUUACACCUCCCAGAAGUGGAAAUACAAUCGGGGCCGGCGGAAAGAUGAUUAUUGUGAGGCAGGUACCAAGAAGGACAACUCCAUCCUGGAGAUGACGGAAACUAGUUUUCAGAUUGUCUCCUUAAAUAACGAUCAGCUCCUUAAAGGAGAUUUCAGACUACAGCCCAUUUACACCCCAAACGGGGGCAUUAAUUACACAGACUGCCAUAUCCCCAACAACAUGCGAUACUGCAACAGCAGCGUGCCAGACCUGGAGCACUGCCAUAUGUAACAGCCAGACGCCCGGCAACAGCAAGGCGGACAACCAAACUCUUAGGCACGCACACGUGUGUGCACACAAAGACACGCGAAUUACAUUUGAUAAAUGUUACACAAAUGCAUUUGUGCAUUUGAAUACUCUGUAAUUUAUACGGUGUACUAUAUAAUGGGAUUUAAAAAAGUGCUAUCUUUUCUAUUUCGAGUUAAUUACAAACAGUUUUGUAACUCUUUGCUUUUUAAACCUUAAAAAACAGUUGCUGAAGUACUGUACAGGGUUGUACAAUGAGAACCCAUCGCCAAGGCAAAAGAAAGAACGAUUCUUCCUUAUGACGCACAUUAGCCACUUUGCUGUUGGCGCUGUCAGAAUAAUUCCUUUCUUAGAGCUGAGGAUCAGGUGAAAGGGCAGGUUCAGAUGGACUCCUUAGGGUAAGAAGAAUAAUAUGGAUAUAGCGAGAAAUGGCCCAGAUAUUUUCAUGCUAUUUCUGUACCUCCUGGUCUGGAAGAAAAGUAAGAAACUGCAUAAUAUAAAAAGGAAGGUAGUUACCCUGCUUUGAUCCCAAGCAGGAAAUGCAGAGAACAUCAAGAGGAGAGGAGUUCCCAUAAGAUAAGUUAACCUAACCUGACAGAUUCGAGAAAAUCCAAAGGAGAUUUGCAAAGAUCUUAAAACCCAGCGGUUGGCUUUCUGAUUGGGAAUAUAAAAAUCACUCUGCAUGCUUCUCUGGUCCUAUGUGAUAACAGCUAGAGACUUGAAUAUGAUUUCAGUCAUCUUCAGGGACAAGUACGAUCAGUCCUAGCAAGAAAACUCCCUUAAAACGUGUCACUAUUUAAACCAUAUGUCAGGUUGAAUCACAUUCAACAGAGAUAUAUUCUAGAAUACUUUUUUAGAAGAGGAUAAUAAAAUAAUUGGAAGAAUUAUAUUGAAUGGAAUUAUUUUUGAUAACAAGAAUUAUUUGGGUAGUUUCACUGAGGCUAUAUCAACAUGAUAUUUAGACCAACAAAAGAAAGUGUUUGGAAUACAUUAAAAUGAUGUAUUUUAAAAAUUAUUGAUAGACAAAAUGAUUGAUGAGUGGUUCUAUUAUAUUGUAUCAACUGAUUUCAUUAGUAUCAUGUUGAAAUAGCUUGAAUUAAUACCUGUACCCCGUCCCAAAUUCUUGUCUUCCAAUCAUCUUGCAUAUAUUUUUGUAAUUAAGUUGUUUAUGCCACCUUUGUUUUUUCUUCCUCUGCUCAAUAUUUUAAAAAAAUUAUGGAUACAAGUUUGGGUUGCACAAAAUAUUCAUAUGAACUCUUACAUCUUAAAAUGCAUACUAAUUUCCACUGCUGAUAAAGACACAUCAAAAAUAGAUAAGAGAAUGCAUAUUUUUAAAAGCAAUACCAGGUUUUCACUUUAGAUUGACAUUGACUCUAUUCCACGUUUGAAUCCAUUUGUUCUUCUUCAAUCGUGGAUGUCUCUCUGAUUUGGGUUUAAUUAAUCUCAUAUUAGCAGGACCACUGAUAAAAAAUGAACAAGUCGGAGAAUUAAGGCUUUCCCUAAUUUUGUCAGAGCAGGGCUAAUGCAGAAGGCAUAGAAAAAAGAGGGACGUUUAUGUUUAAUACUAGGUAUUUUUGAAGUAACGUCCAUCUUCAAAAGACAUAUAUGAUUUAAUUUAAUCCUUGGCAUCCUUUAGAUGUAGAAGGGCUAUAGAUCGCAGACAUUAUUUUUUAAAGAAAAUACACCCUUGGAAAAUUCAUUUCAAAAUUACUUUGAGAAAUUUCACUCUGUGUUCCAUAUUUUAUUUAUACUAGAGACUCAUGAAGUGUGUGUCACCGUCAUCUUGCUUUCUCUCUCUUUUUCAGCAAAAUAAAACUGUGAUAUGUCUUCUUUGUAAACGUGUAGGUAUAAAAUGCUAUGCAAGUUUUUCUUUAUAGUAAGAGCUUUAUUUUCUUUAGUAAUAUACCCCAACUUAUAUGUUUUAAUCUCCUUCAUCCCUCAGAGUAAGCAGAAAAUCUAACUGAAGCUGUAAUGUUAUAGACACAAGAAUUAAAACUGCAGUCAGUAGAGCUGAACUUAGCUAUGACUUAAUUUAAAUUAAUUCUGAAGUGACUCUGGUUUCCAUUUUAGGCUAUUAGCUAGAGGGUUUUGGCUGUUGUUGUUUUAAAGCUAGGUCCACACAGUGAAGGGAUAAGACAAUCUGUAAAGAUGAUCAGUGUAGCGGUAAGCCAUUGAAAAUCAGGACAAUGACAUGGGGGCUUUUGUGUACGUAGCUGGAUAGUUCCCUUCCAUUGUCCUCUUGCCCUGGCUGUGUAGAUAAACCUGUGUUCAAAUGUGGUACUUUUACUUUUGAGGGUUUUAAUUUCUGUUAGCCACAAAAUAAUCAUUUUCAUGUAUUUGUAUUGUAUGUUUAACUCCUGGUGGGAUUUUCAGCUUUUGAAACGUCUUUCCUUUGGGCCAGGAAAAACACGAAUGGAGAGUUUCCUAUAAUAUUUUGUCAGAUUUGCAGAAGUAUUCGGGCUUCAAGUGGUACAUGGAGCCUCAGUCAUGUGAAAUGGUGAGAAUGGCCUGAAAGAGUCUCUCUCCUAGCAGGUGUUCCUCAAAAUACGGAAGUCAGUCACAGCCUUUAUUAUGAUCUUGUGUGCAGCAUGACCAAGAUGGCUACAAUUAAAAUCAGAGCUCUUUUUUGUAAUAAUAUACCUGGGGCUCUCACCUACACCUGGAUAGAGAGCACAUCAUGGAAUCUGUAAUAGCUAAUGUAUCUCAUGAAAAUUGCUGAACAUGGUUUAUGUCUUGACUGACAUUUUAAAUCUGGAGAAUAUGUUUUGCAGGUACAUCCACUCUGUACCUGGGCCUCUCUCGCUGUCAUCAGUAUGUGUUCUGAUGUGAUUAGUGAAGAGUCAAGGCUGACACUGGGGGCCAAGGUCAUAGAACAAAGCCGGCUUAUAAAGAAGUUGCUAUUAUCUGACCAACUGAGAUGUUGUUGACUCUUGUCACUGUACAGACAACAUUCCAAAAACAAAAGGCGUACCCAUGUUCACACAGUUAUUACACAUAGUUCCUCGUAUCCAGGAUAGUCACUAACACCCUUUUGUCAGGGGAGAUGUGUGUGAUCAUGGAGUCGUCAGGUGCAUUGCCAGCACACUGCCAGGGAAAAUGACAGGCUGUGAUAGGACGGUGUUCUUCUGACUGUUCUGUGUACACAAAGUGGGAAAUGGUCUCCCUUGUGGGAGAUAAUGCAAUUUCUAACUAUCCAGAUGUUUAUUGAAACUUUUAGACAUUUCCCCCUCGAUUCUGGUAAAAAGUCGUAAUGAAGUAGCCGAUAUUACAAUUCCAUGUUCUACUAAUGUGGAUCUCAGUGGUCUUAGUCAUUUCGCAUAAGUCAGAGCUCCCUUCUCCCCUGGGGAAGACAGGCCCCUCAGGUUGGGACCAAAGCCUCCUAUUGAAACACAAGGCACCUUUGUCCUCUGCAGGCAGCAGGUGCUGCACUGACCAGCAGAUCUCAGCUGUAGUGUCUGGAGCAGCCUUGACAGUGAAGUGGUUAAUUAUCUUAGAUGUCUUUGUUGAUAGCAUUUUUGUCUAACCUAUAACAAGAAGACAUUAUACUUUACUUUACAACAUGAGAAUAACACAUUUGCUCAUAACUUUCCAGCAUAGGAAAGAAAAGCAUAAAAGUGUGUCCAAUAGGGAAAAUAAUACAUAUACAGAACACAAUUCCCAGUUCUUGGUCUUUUUGAAUCUUGCCUGGUACUCUUCUUUAUGUUAAAAUACUAAUGAUAGGAAGCUCUAGCUUAUAUCCCUCUCCAGUAUCUUCAGCAAGGUUGAAAGACAAUUGCUGGCAAUGGGGAUGCUUUUCACUGAUUGUGGGGGGAAAGUUUUGUAUGUAUAUGAUACUGUUGCUAAGACACAGGGGAUUCUUUUACUGUAGUUUUUGUUUUCAUAGCUGCACACCCGGUAGAAGAGCACAAAGCAAGGCCAUUGCAAUAGGCAUUUUAAUUAGUAUAAAACACCCACAUGUGUGCACACAAAUAUACAUGGGGGCGUGUUCCAAAAUGUCCAUGGAUGUAAGAUUUGUUAGCAGUUAAGGCAAGGUGAGGCAUCACCACUGCGUGUCACCCACAGGACCAAUAUUAUAUUCACUGAGAGUUAAUCCUGAUGAUUUGCUAUUGUUUGAACCAUAUGUUGAUUUGCUUCUGGUUUGUGUUUGGUGUGUUCUCUCUGACAAGGGGCUGCGAGGGGCUGGAAGAUUCUGCACCACAUCCUCUGAGACCUACCGUGUCGCACACUUUGUUAACUGCAAACUUCACUCUACACUAUACAGUACCUUGUUGAUAUAUUGAGUAAAGGCUUAUUUUAAAAGAAAA